GUGCGUGUCGUGCGUGGAGCGCUGGCUUGGGAACGCUCAACCUGUGAGGUGUGCGGACUGGUGGUAGCCAGAAGUGUCCGUAGACAUGGCUCCCAACAUGCCAGCGGAUGAACCGACCCAAGAGUGUCCUAAAGGCAUUCGGGCCGUGCUGCUAGGGCCGCCCGGAGCUGGCAAGGGUACCCAGGCACCCAGAUUGGCUGAAAACUUCUGUGUCUGCCAUUUGGCUACUGGGGACAUGUUGAGGGCCAUGGUGGCUUCUGGCUCAGAGCUGGGAAAAAAGCUGAAGGCAACAAUGGAUGCUGGGAAGCUGGUGAGUGAUGAAAUGGUGGUGGAGCUCAUUGAGAAGAAUUUGGAGACCCCUUCAUGCAAGAAUGGUUUUCUUUUAGAUGGCUUCCCUCGGACUGUGAGGCAAGCAGAAAUGCUUGAUGACCUCAUGGAGAAGAGGAAAGAGAAGCUUGAUUCUGUGAUUGAAUUCAGUAUCCCAGACUCUCUGCUCAUCCGGAGAAUCACAGGAAGGCUGAUUCACCCCAUGAGUGGCCGUUCCUACCAUGAGGAGUUCAACCCCCCAAAGGAGCCCAUGAAGGAUGAUAUCACCGGGGAACCUUUGGUCCGCCGAUCAGAUGAUAAUGAGAAGGCCUUGAAAAUCCGCCUGGAGGCCUACCAUACUCAGACCACACCACUGGUGGACUACUACCAGAAACAGGGUAUCCACUGUGCCAUCGAUGCUUCCCAGACCCCUGAUGUCGUGUUUGCAAGCAUCCUAGCAGCCUUCUCCAAAGCAACAUGUAAAGACUUGGUUAUGUUUAUCUAAUGUUGAGUCCAAAAAGGAAUUUCUUUCUGUUUCCUAUCUGUGUUGAGGAGGGGUGGGAAUGAUAGAACAGACAGAGGCAAGUUUACUCAGGCCAGCAAGAAUAUCAUUUGAUGUAUUAAUUAAAGAAGCACUUACUUGAUGU